UACAUUUUUCACUUCAGGAGAAACCUUGAACUACUUUCUGCAUUGUCUGGUUGGCUGUUAGCAACAAUGAGCUGCAUAAAGGAAGAAACUCGAAGUGCCUCUCCUCAAUGCCCCAAACCGGAUGAGUCCGAGAAGCCGCUGGGCACAUCCAUGGAGACUGGAGCUGCACAGGGUACCUGUAUGAAAUCUGAGAAUAUGACAUCUGAAGUGGUUAUCACCAAGGAAAUGGAGGAAGAAGAGAAACAGCUGAUGGAGGAAGGGGAGAAGAAAGAGAAAGAGAUGAUCGAUAAGGCACGGGAAUGCUGGAAGAGAGACUCUCAUGACAUGCGACUCAAAAGACUGCAGCACCUGCUUCAGAAGAGCAACAUCUACUCGAAAUUCUUGUUGACUAAAAUGGAGCAACAACAGAAUGAGGAGAAACUCAGGAAGGACAAAGCUGAAAAGAAGACAAAGAAGAACACGAGCAAUGCAGAACCAGAAAAAGAUAAAAAGAAGAGGAGGAGGGAUGAUGAGUACAAAAUUGCAGAUGUCAUGUCAAAAGAAGAAAUCAUGUCGCAGGCAAAGAAAGUGAAGAUGGAGGACAAGGAUGUGGCACCCACCCAGAAGAAACUCGAAGCUGAGGAUAUUGAGAAGAUGAGCGAUUCCAACCAGGACAUCAAGAAUCGUCUGUCAGAGGCGGUGCGAGACAGUGCCAAGCAUCUCCUGCACCCUGACAGGAAGGUGAACGGCCAGCCAGUCCCUGCCCAGCAGCCACAGCUCUUUACUGGAGGAGUCAUGAGGUGGUAUCAGAUCGAGGGCAUCGAGUGGCUGAGGAUGUUGUGGGAGAAUGGCAUCAAUGGAAUCCUGGCUGAUGAGAUGGGACUUGGAAAGACCAUUCAGUGCAUCGCACACAUUGCCAUGAUGAUAGAAAAGAAAGUGAUGGGCCCCUUCCUGGUGGUGGCCCCUCUGUCCACUCUGCCCAACUGGAUCAAUGAAUUUAAGCGCUUCACACCAGAGGUGUCUGUGCUGCUUUACCACGGGCCCCAGCCAGAGAGGGCCAAGCAGCUGAACCAGAUCCGCAGGCCUCAGGGGCCCCUCAGUAUGUGUCCUGUGGUUGUCACCUCCUUCGAGAUUGCCAUGAUUGAUAGAAAAUUCCUGCAGAAUUUCCAGUGGAAGUACCUGAUAGUGGAUGAAGGCCACAGAAUCAAAAACCUUAACUGCCGGCUGGUGCGAGAGCUAAAGAUGCUGCCCACCGAUAACAAGCUGCUGCUGACAGGAACACCACUGCAGAACAAUCUGGCUGAGCUGUGGUCCCUCCUCAACUUCCUCCUGCCAGAGGUCUUUGAUGACCUCAAGAGCUUUGAGUCAUGGUUUGACAUUGACAACCUUGGUGAAGCGGAGAGCGUAGUGGCAGCUGAACGUGAGCAGAACAUCCUAAGCAUGUUGCACCAGAUUCUGACUCCAUUCUUGCUUAGGAGGCUGAAAUCAGACGUGACACUGGAGGUUCCACCUAAGAAGGAGAUCAUUGUUUACGCCCCUCUGACAACCAAACAGGAAGCCUUCUACACUGCUGUGGUUAAUAAGACCAUCAGCAAGAUGCUCGGCCAGGAAAAGAUGGAGGCUCCUGUGGCUUUGACAUCGAGCGGUAGGCCAAAGCGCCGCAAUCGAAAGGUGGUGGACUACAGCGAAGCAGAAGACACACCGUACAACCUGGAGAAAUAUUUGGAGAGGGUCAGAAAGGAGCAUGAACAGAGCUCCCCUCCUGUGCUGGAUGUCCAGAGCCCAAUGGAUGCGCAGAUCAAUCUGAAGCUGCAGAACAUUCUCAUGCUGCUGAAGAGAUGUUGUAACCACCCAUACCUGGUUGAAUACCCACUGGACCCUGCCACACAGGAGUUCAAGAUCGAUGAGCAGCUGGUUCAAAGCUCUGGGAAGUUUCUCAUACUGGACAGACUGCUCCCUGCACUGAAGAAGCGGGGGCACAAGGUCCUGAUCUUCAGCCAGAUGACGUCCAUUUUGGAUAUUUUGAUGGAUUACUGCUAUCUGCGGGGCUUCCAGUACAGCAGACUGGAUGGCAGCAUGUCAUAUGCCGACAGGGAUGAAAAUAUGACUAAGUUUUCCAAAGAUCCAGAAGUUUUCUUGUUCCUGUUGAGCACCAGAGCUGGAGGACUUGGGAUCAACUUGACUGCUGCUGACACCGUCAUCAUCUUCGACAGUGACUGGAACCCCCAGGCAGACCUGCAGGCACAGGACCGCUGUCACCGCAUUGGACAAACCAAACCAGUGGUGGUGUACCGACUAGUCACAGCCAACACCAUCGACCAAAAGAUCCUUGAGAGAGCUUCAGCCAAGAGGAAGCUGGAGCAGAUGGUCAUCCACAAGAAUAAGUUCAAAGGUGGGAGGGCAGAGCUGAACCAAACUAAAAGCUGCAUUGAUCUGGACGAGCUGAUGGAUCUGCUCAAAGCCAGAGGCACUGAGAAGGAGGUGAAAGCAUCAAGAGGGAAGGUGAUAAGUGACAAGGACCUGGAGAUUCUGCUGGAUCGCAGUGACUUGCUUGACAAAGAAAAGGCCAGCAUGAAGAAAGAGAAGGUGGGAGUCUUCAGAGUGAUCGACGCCCAAGAGUCGUCAGAGAUCACAUUGACCUGAGAGGACUUCCUCUGACAUCCCAAAAAGUCUACAAAAGCACGCACAACCAAGCGGCAAAUGCUAGGUGCUGCACGGGAGAACAUGUGAAAAACGGAUAAAUUGACUCUGCACAUUUGAUAAUGCUCCCACGAGUACCAAUAAAUGUUUAUAUGAGCAUUAUCUAGUGUGCAGGCUCUAUUUAUCUGUAUAACCUCUGACAUUCA